AGCGCAGGCUUUCCUCUCUGAACUUCCCAUUUCUCUUCUGCAAAAGCAGCAACACCUCUGCUGCUCCUCUGUGCCAUCAAACCUGGAGAAAUAAUUUUGGAACAAAGUUUGGCGGACGCAACUUUAUGUGUUUCGCGCUACCUGCACAUGCAGAGGACAAUGCUCUCCACAUCCGUGCGCCCCUCAUCCAACUGGAGCCACAUACAGAUGAGACAUUUGGGCCCGGUUCUGAUCGGCUUUUGAAUCUUGAAGUGUGCAUCUUCAGGUGAAACUGCUCGGCUUGAGGAGGGGGGGAGGGGAGGGGCGGGGUGGGGGUGGAACAGGCCAACAUGAGGGUUUGUAACAGGGGGAUGAUGAUGCUUCUGACCACGGCGGGCGCUUUCUGCGCAUUCAGCCUCAUGACCAUCGCAGUGGGCACGGACUACUGGCUCUACUCCCGCGGGAUGUGUCGCUCCAAGAACCUGAACGACAACGAGACCGUCCACAAAAACGAGGAGGUCCUGACCCACUCGGGACUUUGGAGGACCUGCUGCACCGAGGGAAUAUUUCGAGGUGUUUGUAAAGACAUUGAUCACUUCCCUGAUGAUGCAGACUAUGAGCAGGAUGCUGCAGAGUAUUUACUACGAGCAGUUCGAGCCUCCAGCCUCUUCCCAAUCCUCAGCGUGGGACUACUUUUUGUUGGGGGUUUGUGCGUUGCUGCCAGCGAGUUCUACAAGUCCCGCUACAAUGUCAUUCUUACCGCUGGUAUUCUCUUUGUCUCUGCAGGUCUCAGUAACAUAAUUGGCAUCAUUGUGUACAUAUCAGCCAACUCAGGGGACCCCAGUCAAAGCGACAACAAGAAGAGCUACUCCUAUGGGUGGUCAUUUUAUUUUGGAGCUCUGUCUUUUGUGCUGGCUGAGAUGGUGGGCGUCCUGGCAGUGCACGUGUUCAUAGAAAAGCACAGGCAGCUUCGCACCAAAGGCCGGCCCUCGCUCAUGAAGCCUCCCAUCUCCCGGAACCCAUCAUCAUACCGCAACCGCUACUACCAGAACCGCAGCCGACGCUACAGCUAUAGGAGCAACCACAGCGUGGCAGACUCAACCUCACCAGGCUACCAAACGUCGCUGGUACGUGACCAGGAGGCCAGCAUCUCGGAUGAAUCUAAAGUCACCACCAUGGCUGGUUUGCCUACGCCAAUGAUGAUGGGCUCAGAGUUUAUGCUAUAUGCCUUAACUUCACCUCUAAAGGAGAGCAAGAUUAACAUGGAUGUGGAGGACUUAACAACCGCAGCCACUCACAACACGAACAUGCUGCCGGGAAAUUGUGUGUCCAAUCGAAGGACCACACCUGUCUGAGAGGAGCCAAACUGGAGAGGUGAUACGGGACAAGACAGUCUUCUCUUGGUCUUCUUCUCGGCUUGAGAAGAGUGCAGACAAUUUUUUUCUGUUGAUCAGACAUUUCUUUCAGAUCCAGAAGGAACCAUUUUGUUCCUUUGAUUUAUUACAGCAAAAUGGUCAACAAAAACACAGUUUUACAUCCAGUCAUUUCACAGCUGUUGUUUGUGGUGUUGCUAAGAUACAUUUGAGUUACAGCUGAAACCAGAUAUUUACACACACUGCAUAAAAGGACACAUAACCAUCUUAUCUCACUGUCUGACAUUAUAGUGGCCAAAAAUAUUCCUGUUUUUGGAUAAUUAGAAAUCAGGUUUCAAAGUUCACAAGUUUGAUUCAUCCUUGGGUACAAUUUCCAAUUGCCUUAGGGCACCUUGUCAAUUUCGUCAUACAGUUAGUUAUAUGCAAGAAAACGUAUUUCUGGAAGAAAACUCACAUUUGGUGUUUUAUGCUUUAACUUAGAGUUGAAUAAGAGGCUCAAAGCUGCAUUUUGAUUUUCAGCCACCAUACCGUUCAGGAAGGAAAUGAGUUCUGUGCCCCAGGAUGAAUCUGUUUGGGUACGUAUCAACACCAGCACAAAAUAAAGAGCUUGUAGAGAUGCUGAAGCUGGUAUGAGAGUUUCAUUAUUCAGUGUGAAACAGGUCCUGCACCAACAUGGGCUGAAAGGCCUCUCUGAGAAGAGGAAACCAUUGCUCCAAAAGCAACAUCAGAGGUAGAUACAGUUUGCAUAUGCACUCAGUGACAAAUAACUUAAUUUUUGCAGACAUGUCCUGUGGUCUGGUGAAACUAAUUAAGCAUCAUGUUGUGGGAGUGUUUAACUGCAGGAGGUACUGGUGCAUUACAAAAAAUAAAUGGCAUCAUGAGGAAACAACAUGGUAUGGAAACACUGAACCGACAUCUUAAGACAUGAACCUGGAAGUUAUAGCUGGGGCACAAAUGAGUCUUCUAAAUGGACUUUAACCAUACCAUCACAUUAGCUACAAACUGGGUCAGCACAAUUUAUAUUCUGGAGUGGUCAUCACAAAGCCCUGAUCUCAGUCCCACAGAAGAUUUAUAAGCAGAGCUGAACAGUGUGUGUGAGCAGGGCGGCCAGCAAACCCAACUCAGUUACUGCAGUUUAGUCAGGAGGAAUGGGCCAAAAUCCCAACAAACUAUUGUUCGAAGCUCAUACUGGUUAAAAGGAACUUCUUCCAUGUAAUACUACUCAAAUGAAUGUAAACGUAUUAAUUUGAGGAAAGUAAUAAAUAUAUUAGUUAUCAUAACUGACCUAAAACUGGAAAAUGUUUUGUCUUAUUUAAUGCCUUAUAGUGAGAAAAAAGUGGUAUUUUAACAUAGUUAAUGUACCUGGUUUAAACUGUGACUGUAGUUUGCUUGCACAUGAAUGUUAUUUAUGCAGAGAGACAGAAAGGAUGAGCUGUUCAACAAAUAAAAUAAAAUGUAUAAUAUCUGGUAAAAACGCCCAUGGAAAGAAUGCCAAACACAAUAUGGAAGUACCUUCCACUGAAGAAGUACUGCAAUGAUAAUUAUUAUUCACCUGUCAACAAAUGAUUUAAUCCUAACUAACUCACCACAUAUAACUUCUGUUUCUUUCUUCACAUUUCAGAGAGUUUAAAAUGAUGUACCUUGUUUAAAUGAGGACUGAAUAUUACUCUUAACCAAGUUAAAUAAAAUACAAAAAUAGUAUUACUCUGAAUAAAAUUUGGCUUGGAACUAUUUUUAAUGUCGAGAGGAAGACUGUGGUCAGAAAAUCAUCAGUAAUCAUGGUUGAAAUUAAGUUUGAUUAAAUGAAUAGAUUCAGCUGCAACGUUUAAGGGAAGAAAAGAGGAAUUAGGAUUUAAACCUCUUGGGUAUCUUUGCCUGAAUAAAACCAUUGGGAUGUGUAUUCUCUGAGUAUUUUUUGGAUAUGCUAAACCAGACUCUAUGUGGUGUGACCCAACAAUGCAGACAUCCAUACACCUGACAGGGAUAUAACUGGGUCUUGUUCCUGUCCUCCUUUUUUGUGUCCUACAUGUUAGAAAUCGAAACCCCUUUAGAUGCAUUAGAGCACAA